CAAAAGCUGGAGAAGGAGUCAUACCCAUAUAUGGUCUAGAUCGCUUACACAUGAUUAUCUCAAUUCUCUUCCAACUUCUCAACUCAUAGUGAUUGCACUUUCUCACAUCGUUCUGGUUUUCUCCACCUCUACCAGUCUUCGGCUUUUAUUCCCAGAGCCGGUUUUUGUACGAUGGUCAACCAGGCACGCAAGGAAGCACAUGCCAAUGUUACUGAUGAGGAGAAAGGUCUUCCUGGACCCGGGAAAGACGCAGACGUCGAGAUUGCUCAAUCAUGGUCGUUGAAGAAAUUCGCAUCUUUGGGGGUGGAAACUGGAGGUAUUGUUCCUAUUCCAGUUUCUGAAAGGACGAACACAAGAGUGCAUGGUAUCUUUACGUUAUGGCUUACCAUGAGUGUCAAUCUUCUACCGAUUGUCACUGGUAUGACUGGACCGCUGGGCUAUGGAUUGGGUCUUAGAGAUUGUUCUUUGAUCAUCCUUUUCUUCAGUAUCUUGUGUACAAUACCUGUGGGAUAUCUAGCGACGUUGGGGCCUAAGACUGGUAUGCGACAGAUGAUUCAGGCAAGAUUCUCCUUUGGCUACUAUCUCGUUUCGGUACCGGUCAUUCUCAAUCUUGCAACUCUCACUGGCUUCUGCGUCAUCGACAGUGUUAUUGGAGGUCAAUCUUUGUCUGCGAUCACCCAUGGUCACCUCACACCUGAUGUGGGUAUCGUGGUCAUUGCUAUUCUGGCUAUGCUGGUCUGCUUCUGUGGCUUCAAGAUCCUACAUCGCUACGAACGUUUUGCCUGGAUUCCUGCUUUAAUUGCCAUUGUCAUCGCUACUGGCACUGGUGGCAAGCAUCUCAGCAACCAGGCUGCCUUUGAGACUCCUGAAGCAUCUACUAUUCUCUCUUUCUCUGCUCUAAUUGCUGGAUUCCUCAUCCCCUGGGCGGCGUUGGCUGGAGAUUUUGCUGUUUACAUGGUCCCUGAGGCUUCGAGUACCAAGGUCUUUGCCUACACUUACGGUGGAUUAUUCUUGCCUACCGUACCACUGAUGGUUCUUGGAGCUGCCAUCGGAGGCGCCUGCCCCAAUGUUCCUUCCUGGCAAGCCGGCUACGAGUCGACGUCAGUGGGAGGUGUGUUAGCCGCCAUGCUCGAACCCGCAGGUGGCUUUGGCAAAUUUGUCGUGGUCUUGCUCGCCUUCUCCUUGCUAGGAAACAUUGCUGCGACCAUGUACAGCAUCACGCUCAACUUCCAGCUGCUGCUUCCCUGGAUGGUCAGAGUCCCUCGCUUCUUAUUCGCCAUCGUCAUUACAGCAAUCGUCAUCCCUGUCGCCAUUCGCGCCGCCACCAGUUUCUUCGACAACCUCGAAAACUUCAUCGGCGUGAUUGGCUACUGGGCUUCUGCUUUCGUGGCUGUCGUCGUUAUCGAGCAUGCUUGGUUCAGAAAGUCAGAUUGCUCGGCUUAUGAUCAUGAGAAAUGGGACAAGGGUAAUAUGCUGCCGAGCGGCCUCGCUGCUUUGGGCGCUAGUGUAUUGUCUUUUGCCUUGGUGGUUCCUUCGAUGGCGCAGGUGUGGUAUACCGGACCUAUUGCGAAGACGACUGGUGACAUUGGAUUUGAGUCGGCCUUUGUGGUCACUGGCUUGCUUUAUGUGCCGCUGCGAUACUUGGAGAUCAGGAUACAAAAGCGUGUGUAGAUUAGUCUUGGUGGUCAUAGAUAUUCACCAAAUUAAUACUGACAUAUAUUGAGAAU